AUGGAUCAUGAGGUCUUGGAGCAUAUAAUUGAUGGAAGACAGAGGCCCAAAGAUCUACCAUUUUCACUUUUGAAGGAUAUCACAGAAAAUUUUUCUGACGAUAGAGAAAUUGGCCAUGGUGGAUUCGCAACAGUUUAUCUGGGUGUGCUCCAAAACGGGAAAACCAUUGCUGUAAAAAGGAUAAGGAGCAACCAUUCGAUCAAUGAGACGUUAUUUCGCCGUGAAGUUGACACCCUGUUGAACAUUGAACAUGAAAAUGUGGUACGGUUUCUUGGCUUUUGUGCUAGCACAAAUCAGAUAGCCAUAAGAAUUCAAGGACUAAAAGAGCAUAUUUACGCCGAGGUAAGAGAAAGAUUGCUAUGUUUUGAGUAUAUCAGCAAUGGAAGCCUACGAAAAUAUAUUACUGAUGAAUUACGGGGACUUGAAUGGAACACACGUUAUCAAAUAAUUAGAGGCAUUUGUGAAGACAAUGAUAUGAUGCCGAAAAUCACGGAUUUCGGUUUAUCAAGACUUGAUGAAAAGUCACAAACUAUGAGUGAAGAGCGUCUUGGAACACUAGGAUAUUGUGCUCCUGAAUACCUACGCCAGGGAAAGAUGUCAUUCAAAUCAGACAUGUACAGUCUAGGCGUUAUAAUUAUUGAGCUGGUGACAGGACAAAAUGCGCCCCCCAAUAAGAAUGACAAUGCACUUCGGAGAUGGAGGAAUAGAUGGAAGAAAACAGGGAAGGAAACACAGUUGGCUUACCAACAAGUAGCAAAAUGCCUCGAAAUUGGGUUACUAUGCCAGGAAAUUGACCCAUCCAAACGGCCUUAUAUAUGGCAAAUGAUACAUGAUGUAAGAGAAAUUGAUGGUCCUAAUGAAAAAAUCAGCAAUGCAUAUGAGCAUACAUUUGAACAGAUAAGCCCUUGCAUAGAAGAUGGCAUGCUUGGAAUUGAGCCACUCGAACUACAUUUUCCUUUUGCGCUUAACAAACAGAUGUCUUGUGCACUUUCGCUAACCAAUGAGACAGACUCUUACAUUGCCUUCAAUGUUGAAAAUACAAGCCCCCUGUCAUACUGCACACAACCGCAGAAAGGCAUUAUGCCACCACAAUCAAAGUGUAAUGUUGACAUAACAUUGCAGCUACAGGGCAAGGCACCAGGAUAUAUGCAUCGUGCCAAUGAACUUAUUGUAUGGAGCACCAAAGUGAAUGAUUGCCUUAUAGUUGAGGAUAUAACUACAAACAUGUUCAUUAAUGAGGCGGUCAAUGUGGUUGAUGAGGUGAAUUUGGAUGUUUGUUUUGACGCCAGUGAGCUACAAGAAGCAAGUAAGAAAUCCAGUGAGGUGAGUUAUCUAAGAAUACUAACUUGCAAAGCUGUGUCUAUUCAAUUAGUAUCCAAUGCAAAUGAUCUUUUAUUGUAG